AACAAUUCGGUUCGGAAAAUUUUGUUCAAGUGAAAAAUAGCAUGAUAAAGCUUGUUGAAUAUGAAUAUUGUGCAUAUAGUGAAAUAUUGUGCCGGUUCGUACGGUCGGCGUUAACGCUUCAAUGAAGCCACUCUUGAUGAUGAAAAGAAUGCAAUUUAUAUUUUGCCGUCUGUAAAAUACUGAACCCGCAUGUGAUUAAAACUUUAAACAUUAAGACGAUUAAAAUAUGCCAAAAGCCACCACCAUUCAACGAAAAAAAGUGUGAAGAAAAUUAAUAAAAAUAAAUAAAUUAAACGAAAUAUCUGUAAAUGUGCACACAGUGAAUCAAACGAAACAGAAAUCCAAAAUGAAAUCUUCAAUUGAAUUCGCACGCAUAUGUUUGGGAUUAUUUUACCUCGUUACGUUGGCAAAUGUAUCAACAGGUUACGUCGCAUACUUUCCGCUAACUGAUGUCCAUUUAACAUUUCCCCUAAACGAACAAAUCAUCGACAUUUUACUAAAGAGCCCACCAUUUCUUCAAGUGAAUGCAAAAUCGAUUCAGUACACCAGCAGCAAUAAUUCCAAUAAAAUAAGAUUCCGUUACGAAAUCGACGACACACAAAAUUAUCUAUCGAUAAAUGAACUGAACGGUGAGAUAAGAAUGGAGGACAAUAUGAAGAAAUUAGACGAAAAUAUUACAAUUGUAAUAUCAGCAAGUUCAACCAAUUACAAGACAAAUUAUAGCACAAAUACGGCGCGAAUGUCUUUCAAAGUUGUACCGGAAAACACGUCGCUGGCGGAAAGUUGCAGGAAUUUUCAACGGAUCUGUUUCUGGGAUAAAGCAAUGCACGCUGUUCCAGAGAAUAAACUGAAUGGAAAUAAAAUGAUCGGAUCGUUGGGACCGAUUUUUUAUCGGAAAAUCUGCCCGAAUUUGAACGUUAAAUAUUCAUUGGUUAAUGCAACAACGUAUUUUGGAAUCGAAUCGAACAUGUUAACUACAAUAACCAGAUUCGAUCACGACUCCAUCAGUCCUGGACCAACGAUUACCGCAGUGAUUAAAUGUGAUGUAUCAAAUAAAUUGAACGAAGAAACGGCAGUUCAGAUCAAACCGUUGCGAAUCAAUAUUCUCGAUCGAAAUGACAAUCCACCGGAAAUCCAAACCCCGGAGCCAUUAACCAUCAGAUUGGAAGAUCCUCACUUUACACAGGAUACCGUAAUUAGUACGAAGACCAUCAUAUUCACGGACAAGGACUCAAUAUCUGUUAACUCAAAUCUAUCGUAUGAACUACUGAACGAUACUUUAGAUAUUAUACACCCGGUUUGCAAUGCCUACGAAAACGAUCUGUCUGGAUUGAAAUCAACUGCAAUUAGUUGCAAAUUGCAAUUUUCACGAAAUGGAAUCUUGGGUGUGAGUCCUUACUGCUUUGGCUUAUAUGCAACGGAUAAAACGAUAGAUGCAACGAAUAGUUUCGUCUUUAAAUCUUCUGCAGCCAAAGUAUGUCUAAUCACAAAUGUAAGAAAGAUUCAUGUAAAAGAUCAACCGGCUGCACAGGCACUCCAAUCAAAAUCGUCUGAAGAGUCGUCAUCGUCUGCUUCGGAUGAAUCUGGCUCGAAGGUUCCGUACGUUGAUUAUCCGGCGCAAGUGACGAUAAAUAGGAAAUAUGCGUUCAUGGCUCGAGUAGCCCAGCCGAACAUAAGCGGUCCCAUUAAGCCUAUAUUCAAUAUUAGCGAUGAUUCUGGUGCUUUUGGCAUCACCAGAAUCGGAGGCAUCAUCUACGUCAGCAACGUUUCGGCUAUUCAGAGUAGCCCGAACAAGAGGCAUUUAGUAACUGUUUCGUGGAAAAAAGGACCAAAAGCCAUUCCAAGUAGAUUGAGAAUCGAGAUACUUGUUGCCGAUCUUCGCAAAGGUGCCAAUGUUUGCAAAACAACUGAAAUUAGUUGCUCCGAAAAUGAUAACAAAGAUGCAUGCUUAGACUCUUGCAGUGUGGGAACACAAGGUGAAGGUUGUCAGUGGCGAUUGAGUAAUGCUACACUUAUAUUGUCGACAAAAUAUACAACAUGUUCACCGAACAUCACUACCUGUCCAGAUGCUACCUGUGACCCGUUGGAACAAUUAGGUGAACAACUCGGUCAUCUUAUUUGUCCGCAAGAUUGUUCACGGGACGUCUUUGGCUCUAUCAGCAGCCAUGGCAUUGGCAUCUUGGCAGCAACUGGACUAUGUACGUGCGAUGGUUUUGGGAAGUGUACUUGUGGUCCUCAUGACUUUGUACCAAGUAAAGAAACCAAAGAAAACAAACCGAAGAAAAGCGAGCCCAUGACCGUUCGGGUGCAACAAGUUGACAAAUCGAACUAUAACAAUCGUGUAUAUCCACAGUGCGGCGUUCCAUGCAUAAUUCUCGUUAUAUUGUGUCCGAUUACCUUGACCAUCGUGAUCAUUUGUUUGGUGAUUUCACGGCGAAAGUACAUCAAGAAAAACCGAAAACAAAUGGAAAUCAAUUCGUCAUUGAAUGAACGACGCGAAACGGAGACGGAAACAUUGACCGAUGUGCCACUGGUGUCGAUUCACACCGAAUUUACAUUUAAAAAUGAAGGCGAUCCGAAAUGGGAAUUCCCCAGAUGUCAGCUGGUUCUUGAUGUAGUUCUCGGCGAAGGUGAAUUCGGCAAGGUAGUCAAAGGCUAUGCUACAGAUAUUGCAAAUAGACCGGGCGUUACAACAGUAGCUGUGAAGAUGUUAAAGAAUGGUGCAAAUUCAGUAGAGCUCUUAGCGCUAUUGUCUGAAUACCAGCUGCUGCAAGAAGUUCACCAUCCUAACGUAAUUCAGUUGUUAGGAGCGUGCACUCAAGAGUCCCCACUGGUUAUAAUCGAAUAUGCAAUGUACGGAUCACUUCGCAAUUAUUUGAGACUGAGUCGAAAGCUUGAAUGCCACGGUAUGGAGGCAACGGAUGGUGUGGAACCAGUCACCGUAAAAGAUAUACUCUCAUUUGCUUGGCAGAUCUGUAAGGGAAUGACAUAUCUGACAGAAAUUAAACUGGUUCACCGCGAUUUGGCGGCUAGGAAUGUUCUGCUGGCAGAGGGAAAAGUUUGUAAAGUGUCUGAUUUUGGACUCACCAGAGACGUAUACGAAGAUGAUGCAUAUCUGAAGCGUAGUAAGGAUAGAGUUCCAGUAAAGUGGAUGGCUCCUGAAUCCUUGGCAGAUCAUGUUUAUACAACGCGUUCUGACGUGUGGGCGUUUGGUGUUCUUGCAUGGGAAUUGAUCACAUUAGGCGCGUCGCCAUAUCCCGGCAUUCCUCCGCAAAAUUUGUACCAUUUGCUGAAAACUGGCUAUCGAAUGGAACGUCCUGAAAACUGUUCCAACGAGAUUUAUUCCAUCAUCAAAUCGUGUUGGGCUGACGAUUCAUACGCCAGGCCAUCAUUUAAGCUGCUAGCAUCGCAGUGGGAAAAACUUUUGGGAAACAGUGCGAAAUAUCUCGAGCUCGACAGCAACAAUGGCGUUUCAAAUCCACUGUACUGCAGCGGUACAGCUGCCGAAGAGAAACCUUCCUCCGAUGAUCUAACCGUAUCGAUAGCAGAAGAGCAGCUAGAAGAAUCGCUGGAUCAUUUGUGGCGUCCACCGACAUCAUUAGAUGGAACCGAAGGCAACGGUCCGGCAAUGGGAUAUGACGUUCCACGGCCGCUUAUCGAAAGCAAAACGACUGAGCAAAUACUACGAUAUCAGAAUGACUUGACUGUACCGGUGAAGAAUAAUAACGGCUACAAGUUGCCACGGAUUAGCCAACAAAACAUUCCAGUAGAUCUUAGCCAUUAUGACAGUCCGGUGAAACGGCGAAAGUCUUAUGUUGAUAUGAGCGGUGGUACAACAUACAAUUUAGAAUCUCAAAAUUCCGACAAAAAGAAAUUGUCGAAAGAUAUAACAUUCCGUUUUUCAAGUCUGUUGAAUUUAAACGAACAAAUGACCUCGUUGAUGUAAGGUGUGAUUGUAGAUCGAGAUAUAUGUUUGGGAGCAGAAAUUUCAUUUAAUUUUACAAAGGAAGCAACCACCACCAGAAAAGGAACUAAAAUUAUUGUUGUGCUACUCCACAGUAGUCCAGACCUCUCCAUUAAAUGGGUUUGAUUAUUUAUCAAAAUUCUACUAUUAUUCUUCAAUUAAGAAAUGACGGGGAAAUUGAUGCACAUGCACGCUGUAGUUUGUGUUUUAAAGUAAUUCUUUCGUAAAAUGAGUGUCCAGAUUUCAUUUUUUUUAUCAGGUAUGUGUCGUCUAUAUCGUUAUUAAAGGGCCAGUAUUUUACUAUUCUAAAAUAAAAUGUACAAAGCCGCGUCCCCGAUAAUACAGUCGUCGACUUUAAAAUAAGUUGCCCAUUUCGUUUCAGCUGUUAUUCAGCUGAUCCACCUGAUUCACUCAUAGAGAGUGAAGCUUUUAGCAUUCCAGGUGCGUGCGUGUAACUAUUUCACCCAUAUAUUUAAACAGGCAUAACCACUUCUAUUUGGAUCAGUUGAAACAAAAUGCGCCAGUUAUUUCAAGGUCGCCGACUGUAUGGAUAUUCUUGCGAAGAGCGUGUUGAUUUUAAGACCUGGUUUUGUUUGCAGAAUUUUAUAAAAAAGUUUUGAUGAUGAGUCGAACAAUUUUGGAUGGCUAGAUGUGGCAUCGAUUGUAGCAAUUUGAAUUUUUUUACAUGCGUCGAAAACCGUAUUUUUCAUGUUUCAAGCAUUCGACG